AUGGCUACACACACCUCUUCUUCCGCUGCUUCUUUUUCUUAUGCUAUUUUAACUCAACUAUUUGAAGAAAAUAUUAAACCUUUUGCGUCUAUUUUUGAACAACCUGUUACUAAAAACAGCACCAAAUCCGCACUCAAUAAUGAGUCACAUCCCAUUUGGUCCAAUUUGUUCAAUUCGGUUAUGUUAAUGAUACCCAAAUCUAAUUAUGAAAAAAUAUUAGGUGUUAAAAGAAACCAAAAACUAAUAAUGACAUCAAUGAAACAUGUUUUGUAUAAUUAUCCUGAAUUAGAUUUGACAUUAGAGCCCUCAUUUUUAGUCAGAAGUUUGAUGAAAAAGAAAAUUUAUGAAAAAAAAUCCCUAAAUAAAAAGUUGAAAAUGAUUUUACAAUUCAAAGUUAUCGAAACCUUUAUAUUAUAUUAUAAUCUGGAUUAUAUACAAGCAUUUCAAGGUUUUAAAUGGGUUAUUCAAUUUCUCAACAUAGUUCGGAAAUAUUCAAGUGCUGGGGGUAUCAAAGAAAGCCUAAAAUAUGAAAGAAUAAGUACUUUAUACAUUGCGGAAAUUAUUAGUUUUGAUUUUAUGUUUAAUAAAUCUUCAUCUUUAAAAAAAUUCAAAGAUUCUAAAGGCAUGUAUUAUAAUAGGGCAGAUUUGGUUGAAAACGUUUUAUAUCAUAUUAUGGAGUGCACUGAUCCCAAUAUCGAUCCAGUAGUUUGUAAUGCAUUGGAUAUAUUUAUGUUAAGCAAAUUUUUUGAGAUAUUAGGGGAUACUUUUGAAACUAUGGCCAUGUUGAAUAGCACUAUUGUGGAUUUAGAAAACUCAAGUUCAAAUCCAAAAUUAAAUGAAAAUAGUAAGACUUCAGAUGUAAUAAUGUUUGGAUUGCUUCCUACCAGAAAAUUUAUGGAAUAUAUGAUUAGAAAUUUUAUUUUAGCAUCUAAUUUUAAAUUAAAGGGAGAUAUUACUUUAAUUCGGUGUUUUGAUAAAAUUUUGAUAGGUUUAAUAUUUUAUGGUCAAGUUCACCUAAAAUUUAUUUACAUUUUCUUUAAAUUAAGAGAGCAUUUUUUUAAAAAACUUAAAACGGAUAGUACCAAGAAUGUUAGUCUUACCAAUUUAUAUACUUCAACAGAAAGAUACUGCUUACAAUUGUUACAAAAAUUAAUUGCUGUUUGGGAUUCAUGUAAAAACAAUGUAAAUGAUGAAAAAGAUGUUCAAUGUCCUCAAGUAAUUGUUGAUACACAUGAUAAAGAGGUUAUAAUGGUAGAAGAAGAUGAAAGUGAAGAAGAGAGACAAGAAAAAGCAUUGAAGAAAAUUGAAGCUGGUAAUAACCAGUUAAAUGAAACAAAUAGCAAAGUGAAUAAUACUCCUGUUCCUUAUAAUAAACAAGAGUUUCGGAUCUUUUUACAUUUAUGUAAAUUAAAAGUCAAACAAAAGAUACAUUUAAAUAAUAAUGAUAUGGAUUCAAGUAAGUUAUGGUGCAUAGGAAAAGAAUGGGUGAAAUUAUGGAUUGAUGGGUAUAUAGAAUCAAAUGGUCUUUUAACAGAAGAAUUAAAACAAAUUGUAUAUGAUUAA